UUCGAUUCGAAAAAUUUUGAUAAAGUUUAAACUAUAUGUAAUUACAAAGUAAACUUCAACUCAUUAUAGAAGUGGGAUUACCUUUCAGUAUGGAUAAUCUGACCUUCAUAGUAUCAUUGAUAAGUGGAGCUUGCGCUGGGACUUCAACUGAUCUUGCAUUCUUCCCUAUUGAUACUUUAAAAACAAGAUUACAAGCCAAAGGAGGAUUUUUCCAGAAUGGAGGAUGGCAUGGGAUAUAUAAAGGGUUAGGAUCUUGUGUAGUUGCAUCAGCUCCUUCUGCUUCAUUAUUUUUCAUCACUUAUGAUUCUAUGAAAAUUUAUACCAAACAAUCAAAUUAUUUCCUGCCUGCUCAAUGUCAUAUGAUAAGUGCUUCAUGUGGUGAAAUAGCAGCUUGUUUGGUAAGAGUGCCUGCUGAAGUCAUUAAACAAAGAACUCAAACUGGUAUUUUAGGUAUCAAUGGUAAAUCAACUUCAUUAUCUAAUUUUCUUUAUAUUUUACAAAAUAAAUCGGGUGAAGGGGUUAUAAAAGGAUUAUAUCGAGGAUGGAAUACUACUAUCAUGAGAGAAAUACCAUUUACCGUCAUUCAAUUCCCCUUAUAUGAAUAUUUAAAAGUAAGAUGGUCAGAAACCACGGCCAAUAAAGAUAUAUCAUUACUUAGAGGAGCUAUAUGUGGAUCGAUAGCAGGAGGAAUAGCUGCAGCAGCCACUACUCCAUUAGAUGUGAUUAAAACAAGAAUUAUGUUGAAUAAAGAAAGAAUCAGUUUGGGUAAUUUGGUCAAGACUAUGAUUAAAGAAGAAGGAUAUAAAUCAUUCUUGAAUGGAAUUGGACCUCGAACUUGUUGGAUUAGUGCUGGUGGAGCUAUAUUUUUAGGAUGUUAUGAAUUAGUGCAUACAAAUUUAACGGCUUAUAACCAAACCAAAGUUAAAGCUACCCUUUCAGCAUAAAUAGAAUAGAACAUAGAGUCAUAUAUACAUACAUACAGUUUAUAGACAUAAUAAUUAUUAAUCAAAAAUUUAAACUUAUCAGAUUAUCGGGUAUAGAAUCGGAAUCGGAGACGUAAGUCCUUCUCACGACAUUAUCUGAUGGAGAAAAGAGAAAAAGUCUCGAUGUCGUUCAUGAUGAUUAAUUCAAAGGG